UACGUCAUAUCCUUAUCCUAUAUUUUUUGUCAUUAACCGGCUGCAGCUUUGGUGGCGAUUAUUCCUUUCAUUCUUGUCGUAACGCGUGCUUUGUACAUAACCUGUACCGGUAAAUUUAGAAAUUAUUCAGAAUGGCCGAACAACGUGAAAGAACUUUCAUCAUGGUCAAGCCCGAUGGUGUACAACGAGGUCUUGUUGGAACAAUCAUCGACAGAUUCGAGAAGAAAGGCUUCAAGCUUGUAGCUCUUAAGUUCGUUUGGCCGUCGGAGGAACUUUUACAGAAGCACUACAGUGACCUUGCAUCGCGUCCAUUCUUCCCUGGUCUAGUUAAAUACAUGAGUUCAGGACCCGUUGUACCUAUGGUAUGGGAAGGACUCAACGUUGUGAAAACCGGACGUCAAAUGCUUGGUGCUACCAACCCCGCUGACUCUCUGCCUGGAACCAUCCGUGGUGAUCUCUGUAUCCAAGUUGGCCGCAAUAUAAUUCACGGCUCAGACAGUGUGGAAUCCGCUAAGAAAGAAAUUGGUCUCUGGUUUACCGAAAAGGAAGUCGUCGGAUGGACCCCUGCCAAUGAGAACUGGGUUUAUGAAUAAUUUCUAUAUUUAUUCCAAUGUAAUUAAGUAAACUAAUAAACAGUAAUACAAUU